AGGAGAAUCAUUAAACAUCUAUCAGAGGAACCACUAGUGAGAUGAACAUGAUGAAUGAAGAAUCUCUGCGUUAUCUCAGUAAAGAGGAGGCAGUAUCCAUGGAGACGGAGUUGCUAAGGGACUAUCGGUUUGGACGUCAACAGAUGACGGAGAUAUUGGGACAUGCGUGUGCGAUUGCCAUCACCAAGGCCUUUCCGCUGGUCACUCUGGAGAAACGACAGCCAACCGUUCUGGUGGUCUGUGGACCGGAUCACAACGGCUGCAUCGGACUGGCGUGUGCGCGACAUUUAUGCAUGUUUGAAUACAUUCCUACUGUGUUCUACCCGAAACGCUCACAGGACAGUCUGCAUCAGGACUUCGCUCUGCAGUGUGAACGUAUGGACCUGCCAUUCCUCUCUUACCUGCCCACAGAGGUUCAGUUAAUCAAUGAAGCGUAUAAUCUGGUUGUGGAUGCGGUUUUGGGUCCCGAGACUGAACUAGCGGCGGUCGGCGAGCCGUUUACUGGCAUUCUACAAACUCUACGAGGACUCAAAGUCCCUGUCGUCAGUAUCGACAUCCCUUCAGGAUGGGAUGCCGAUGAAUCCAGUUCAGAUGGGAUCAGUCCGACAGUUCUCAUCUCUCUGAUCAGUCCAAAGAGAUGCGCUCAGAGUUUCCACGGCUCACACUUCCUGGCCGGACGCUUCCUGCCGUACGACAUACAGAAGAAAUACGAGCUGAACUUGCCGAAGUUUGUUGGGACUGAUUGUAUCGUUGAACUGUGAUCGUCUCCUGUUUCAACAGCUUUAAUGUUUUUAGACAUCAUAGAUUGAACUAAACUACAUUUGAUAUAUAAUCAGGGUUGGCAGGGUUACUUUUAAAAUGUAUUCCCCUACAGAUUACAUGCUCUUAAAUGUAAUUUGUAAUGUUUUCUUGUAACAGCACGUUACAGUUCGACUCGCUUCACUGUUCUGAGUUUGCAUUUCCACUGCAGUUUAGUGCCGCCUCAACGUGGGCGGGAUUAUAGGCUGAUCGUCAUAGUUACCCUGCCUCUACUGCCAUGACAUCAUCUUAAACACGCCACAAACUGACCAAAACAAUAACACGAGCGCUAGCUGUUAGCCGCUAGCUCAUUAUGCUGCAUAAAGCAGUUGUUGAUGGUGAUUUUACACGAGUGUAACAGUUCAAUUGGUUGUUUUAGAAGCUUCCAGCAGCUGCUGAACUAAAUAAAGUGAAGCUUAUAUAGAGCAGAAUAUAGAGUUAACGUAACGUCCCGUCCUCCAUCAUGGACUCAACAACACUCUCCGUCCCAUUGCUCGCCGGGCGGAAACACUUCCACUUCUCCUCGAUGCUUCUGUCGCCACUUUUAAGUGUUUAUUAUCUUUUCCCUGCACUGUUGGUCGGUGCGGUGGCAUCCGUGUGCGGCCGACAGCUGAGACACUUCCUGAAAUGCUUUAAUUUCUCAUCGUUUCAUUCGUCGCUAUGAGAGGAACGUCUGCAACCCAUUUAUUGACCAUGGCGUGGUUUUGCACACAGACAUUUCUUUUUACAAUUUGAAAGUCGCUUGCACAAACGAUACUGCUAUCGCUAAUGCUAACUUUAAAACUAGCGGGUUGAGGUCACGUGUUGUAAAUUCAGUGACGCCAGUAGUGACGAUUCUCUCUGACCAAUCAGUGAUCUGCGGGAUUAUGAUGUCACAUUUAGUAUCGGCUCGCUUGGAACCUCGACUGAGGUGGCGCUAAAGAAAGGAUCAGGUAUCAGGUACAAGCCACAGUCGAAAACCCCAAAAAAAGCGAGUUGAGCUGUCCCGUGCUGUGGAAAAGCCCCAUUAGAUUACUCAGCAGUAAUGUAAUCUAAAUACUUUGGAUUACUUCUUCAGCACUGGUAGAUUUUUUUCACUUGUUUUGAAUAUAAAAACUCAAAAUACAUGUUAUAAAUACACAAAUAUCUGAUUCAGUGUUGCUUCUAAAACAAGAUCAAUCAAACUGAUGCUGUUUUGAGGAUUUAUAAAAAAUAUUUUUAAAGAACACAAAACUUCCCAUUUACAUUUAGAGUUCUGCCGUAAUAUCAAAGGUCCAAAAAAUGAUCUAAUGUGGAUUUUCUUGAUGAAAAAAUAUGAUCGUGCCUGGAAACUUUGUAAACAUUUAGCUUUCUACUAAUGAUAUUUCUGGCUAUUUGAGCUUAGCAUAAAGCUAAAGGUCCACAGGACAAUUUACACAAGGUUUAUUACCACAAACAUACUUCUCUGUCUGCUCGUAUGAAUGUAACACAUCAUAAGAAAGUGUUUCACCGUUGUUUAAUCCUAUGACGCUGUUUGUAUCAAAUAUAUUUCACAAUGUUUGACGUCUUAUUUCACUCUCUGUUCAAGCUGUCGAGCCGAAUAACAUAUGGUGAGUUUCACAUGUUUAUGGCACCAUCUAGUGGUUAUUUGUGAAAACGUGGUUUCAAUGUUUAUAUCGAUCUAUUUAAAAUGAAAAGUGACUCUUAUGUUGGGAUAAAUGACCGCUUAUUUUAAUAAAGUGACAGUAAUGAUUAUAUUGUUACUGGUAUUGUAAAAUGAGGAUUUGCUGAAUAUAAGCAGCUUGUGCUCGAUUCAAAUGUUGUAUAUUAUUUUACUGAAAAACCCCUUUUAAAUCCACAUAUUAAAUAUGAUACAACAGACUUCUGAGGAAUAUCUCUCAAUCAUCACUACAUUCAUGCACACCACAAAAAAACUUUUAUUAC